GAACGGAGAGGAUUAGAGAAGAGAGAGGCAGAGGAAGAGGACGGGAGAGGACGAAGAUGAUUAGGAAUGUGAAGGAGAGAAGGAGGAGAAGGAGCAGCAGGUCACCUAUGAAGGGUUGAUAUAGCCUCGUCGACUAGGUGGAUUUAUAGAUCCUCACCGUGACACGGCUGACGGUCAACACUGCGCCUCCAACCACAGCAAACCAAUCUCACCUUCCCCCUUCCAACUCUGCCACCGCCAAUCGAGCCGCGCGGAUCCCCGGCCCCUUCCCUCGCGCGGUACCAUCCUGCACCUACCCUGCACUACGCUGUACAUAGGAGCGCCAACACUGUAUUGGGAGGCACCAGGGCGCCUCAAUGCACGGCCCCUGUCACAGCCAGCUGAAGGAGCAAGAAUCGUGAGAUUAUGUCCUCUUCGCCCCAGCCCCAGUUGCCAGCCUUUUCCCUCAUGGUCUGGAAUCAUCUGGUCAGGGUUCCCAUCUCCUCGCACUCUCGAACCGCUGCCGGAUCCGCGACGACGACGACGACGACGACGACAGAAGAACGACGACGAUGAAGAAGCGUGCGCUGGAGAGCGACGUGAGAGCGAUGGCCGCUGGCAACGCUGAGCGACAGGACGCAGCAGCGUUGCAAAAUCCGACAAACGCCCAACUAUCCUCAGAUUCAGAUCUCGAGGUAACUCUCUCACUCAAUGAUGCCAAACAGAUGCCCUUCACGGGCACCACCAUCGACAAUGGGACGAAACUAUUUGCCUCCGUCACAACCACGUCAGAGAAGAUAGACAUUGCACCCACACUCUACAUCGCGGGCAUCGAGCUCGUCGAUAUGAACGCGCCAACGGAAGCACCCCAGCAUCUCUUGCGAAACUCCGCAGAUUGCAUCUACAAUCCAGGGCUCGCUAAAUGCAACAUAAACACCGUACUGCAAUACUCCCGCGACAACAAGGCCUUCCCUCUCGAACUCUUCCUCACCAACGCCAAGAUCACCCUUGGACACAGAUACACUGUCAACCUACGCUACUCAGAUAAACCUACUCCACUCCCCGGUGAUCUCGAGUCGGCCACCGCACAAAAUGGCGCGGGUGGAGAUCUCAUCUUGUCCGCCGACGGCAAGCCCCCUACCGCCGACGACCCAAAUGCAGCAUCCACAACCUCAAGCUCAACCACAACCUCUUCCGGGCUCAUCAACGGCGGGAUCCCUAAGCCGACAGGGACAUUGACCGAGUCGCCCGAUUCAGCCACCGCGACGUCCACCACCGUACCCUCCUCAGCACCGCACUCGACACCGAGCAGCAAGGGGCUCAGCACAGGCGCGAAGGCGGGGAUCGGAGUCGGUGUCGCUGCUGCGGUGUUGAUCGUGAUCGCCCUGCUGGUGGCAUGGUGGGUUCGCCGGACACGGCGCGCGAGUACGCGGAAUGGACGCGGGGCUGGGGAGAAGGAGAGCGUACUUGCUGCUGCUGCGCCGGGAGGAGCGGGAGAGUACAGAGAUGCUGAUGAGGCUGGGGGUGCGGUUGUGGGUGGGGCCGUGGGUGGAACUCCUGUGACCAGGAAGCCUGUUGGCGUGCCGGCGGUGACGAAUGAGGCGGCGCUUGCUGAUGCUGUGAGCCCUGCUUCGACGACUGUGGGUGUUGUGGGGGCGCAACAUAGGGGUGCAGGAGGAGAAGGGGCGGCUCAGGAGUCGAUGUUGAAUGCCGAGGAGAGGGAGAGAUGGGAGGAAGAAGAGAGAAGGCUGGAUGAGGAUAUUGCUGAGGCCGAGAGGAGGCGACUCGGUGCGUAG